CGCAUCAUUCCCGCCGUAACGUGCGAACCACUCAAUCUCCGCUCGUUCUUUGUCACCUGUGACUAACUUUCAAGAAUUUCGACGCGGGGAUACGAGCACUAUGUACGUUAAACGCUACACUGCUUUCGUUCUUUUUGCCGUGAUAGUUGGCCUUGUUGGAGCUAUUGAAAAUUACAUGGAUUAUGGAGAAGAAAUGGCGGAGAAAACGUCUGCGGACAACAUUCACGAGUUGGUCAGGCAACUUCUCAUGCAACGCAAUGCAUUGGACAACGCUGGCCUCGGCAAUGUUCUGCCGCGGAACAUAGCACUGGAACACCUAAUGAUUCGGAAGUCGCAGAGAUCGCCGUCGCUACGUCUUCGAUUUGGCCGUUCCGGACCACAUGUUUCCGCGGGAGCCCUGCUGAGACCCGUGGGCGCAGCGGCGGGAUACGACGACGACAAUUAAUCGGCGGAGCUGAUCCAGGAGCACUUUCCAAUUCGUUCUUGAUGAAAACGCGACUACCCUCUCUUGUAUAAAUUAUGUAUAGCUCGUCUUGUGCUCUGUUCUGCGCGUCCAUUCGCAGGUCGGGCUUUCUGAAGCUCUCGCGUUUUAUUCUUCAAAAAGUGAAAAGGGAAAAAGAAUUUGCGCGUCACAAUCGUAUAAUCUGACGAUUAAUUAAAUAUAUAAAGAAAUAGUGUAUAAUUUAUUAUUCGCAGUUGCGUGAUUUAUACGUACGUAUUAUUUAAAGUGAUGCAUAUUUUUAACGCGACAGUCAUUUCGCAUAUAUUCAAUAGUGAUUAAUUGCAUACGCGUAAUUCUUUUACUUUGUACGGAGUUUUAUGGAAUCCGUGAUGUAUGCAAUUCAUCUUAGAGAUCACGUUCUAUAAAAUUGUUUUUACUUUGCACAAUUGCGCCAAUUGUCGUCAUGAUUUUAUAUCACUGCUUUCGUUAAUUAGUGACAGCGCUAUAAAAGGACACUUGGCCUAAAGUCCUUCAUUCGAUGUAGAAUAACAAUCUAAACGCUUCGAUCGUUACGAACGCAAUUGUUCGUCCCUUAAUUACGCGCAUUGGCACAGAGAUGUAGAAAUACUUUGCGUUUCGUGCAAUAACACACAAGACGUCUCAGACUCUCCGGGAAAUCUGUCAACGACAAACAGAUUGAAUGACAAAAGUGAUAAAUUUGUUGAUUUUUCUUCGGGAUAAACUGAUACGUAACUUUUUAAUCGUUAAACUUAUCCUGGUUAAGUUUACUUAAAUUUGUGUUUGUGAACUAAUUGGUGUAUAAUUUAUUGCCAAUCUAUACGGGCACUUAAAGUUUAAUUUCACAAGACCUUUCAUUAAUUAAUUUCGUAAUUAAACUUUUUACUAAAUACUCUUUAAAGAAAGUUGAGGAAUUUGUUAUAGUAUUCGAUCCGAAGAAGAGAGAUGAAGGGACAGAUUAUUCUGGAACAUUAAUUUUCAACAGCUGGCCUGUUGGUCUAUCAAUCGAUUAAUAGGCGUAGUCUUUCGAUAAAUGUGCCAAAUAAUAUGAUUGUUGUAUUAUGUAUUAAUAAAGUCCUGCAUUCUCCAUAAUACAUAUAUACAGAGCAGACUAAAACUGCUGUGACAAUUUAAAAAUUUCACGCGUAUAAUGGGGAAAUCGACUGCAAAAUCUGUAUAGAUCGAAAUUAAUAAUUGAAUUAUAUCUGUGUAAAAUAUGGACUAGUUAUUCGCCACAAAGAGGGUCGCGUCCUAAAUAUGUGAAUAUGUCAAUUUGCAAAAUUAAAAAUAAAUUAUUAUGUAACACUGUGUCACAUUUA